GUUUUUCUAUUUUCUCCAGAAAUAUGUCAGAUCCUAAGUCACUUUUAUUAAAAGCUGAUAAGAAAUCAUCUGGGCACGGUGGAUUUUUAUCAUUUUUUGGUAAUAAAUAUAGUGAAGCAGCAGAACUUUAUAUUGAAGCUGCUAAUGCUUUUCGCUUAAAGAAACAAGGGAAAGAGGCCGGUGAAGCAUUGGAGAAGGCAGCGUCAAUGCAAUUAAAAAUGGAUGAAAAAGAUGAUGCAGCAAAUACACUUGUAGAGGCAUAUAAAGCAUAUAGAAGAACAGAUCCUCAAGACGCAGCUCGAGUGAUAGAGAGCGCGAUCCAAAUGUUUACAUUUCGUGGAAAUUUUAGAAGAGCUGCAAGUUAUAAAAUGGAUGUUGCAUCUCUCUAUGAAUUGGAAUUAAUGAAUUCUCAGAAGGCUCUUGAAAGCUAUGAUGAAGCAGGAGAAUGGUAUUCUAACGAUCAGGCAGAAGCUCUUGCAAAUAAGGCUUUUUUGAAAGUAGCGGAGAUUGCAGCUUUAGAAGAACAAUAUUCUUUAGCUAUUCAAAAAUAUGAAGAUGUUGCUCGAAAAAGCAUUAACAAUAAUCUUAUGAAAUGGAGUGUAAAAGACUACCUUUUUAAGGCAGGAAUAUGCCAUCUUAAUUUAGGAGAUAUGGUUGCUACACGAAGAGCUCUUGAAAAUUAUGUUGAUCUAGAUUUAACAUUCCAAUCAACACGUGAAUAUAAAUUGCUGGAGGAUAUUUUACAUGCUAUCGAAUCAGGUGAUUCCGAUAUAUUUACAGAAAAAGUUAGAGAAUAUGAUCAGCUUAGUAAGUUGGACAAAUGGAAAACGACUCUUCUAUUAAGAAUUAAAAACUCUAUUAAUGAAGAGCCUGACUUGACAUAAAAAUUUUAUCGUUAUUUCAUAAU